CUAGUGUAGUAAGUCUCAGUACACAUAUCUUUCUCAAUCACAUACUUUUGGACCUCACCCGUAGAAAUUUCCGCACUUCAGACAAGUUUCUCAUCUAGGAACCGUGGAUGUCUGAUCCUCGCGAUAUGGUUUUAGAUACAUUGACGAGAAAUGGCACCGUUGAUGAUGGAACCAUGUUGCAUUUGCCCAGCUACGCGGAUCGGUAUACGGAUAUCCCCAGGCUCAUCCGAUUGAAGUUCAUUGCACAGGUGUGCCCCGAAUUGAGGGUUUCUGCCCUCGAAUUGGCCAUCGAUCACGUAAAGACCACCUAUAAUGUCAAGUUAUACGAUGAGCUCUAUAAGACGCUUUGCGUUGAGGUGAGCAGAAAAUCGCUGAAGCAGCUGAAGGAAAAUGGAGAGCUUUCUGAACCCGAUGGAAGUGAGGCAAGUACAUCGAGUGGCAGGGCGCGAAUGGAGGUGCCAUACGAUUCCUACUGGGUGGAGGACAACACCAUGGAGGCGACCUUGAUGCUCCAAGAACUGGAUGCCGAGCUGAACUUCAAGAAAUCCAAUUGUGGCAGCGCUAAUGUUCGACGAAUUCUGCAAGACAUCGGAGAUCAUUACGAGAAGAGCGGCAAUCUGCAGAUGGCAGUGAAGUUUUACGCUCGAGCCAGGGCCUACUGUACCAGCAGCGAGAAUGUGAUCAUUAUGUUUCGCAAUCUGAUCAGGGUAUCCAUUUACAUGGAAAACUGGUGGCAUGUCCUCACCUACAUUGACGAGGCAAAACAGUACGCUUUUGGCUUUGAAAACCUGGCUCAAGAAGUUCCUGCUCGUCUGAGUUGUGCUGCCGGUUUGGCCAACUUGGGUUUGAAGAUCUACAAAUCGGCGGCACAGUACUUUCUGAACACUCCUUUCGGGCGAUAUGACUACGAUAAGAUCGUGGCACCCGAAGAUGUCGGCCUUUAUGCCGGAAUCUGUGCUCUUGCCACUUUCGAUCGAGAUAAGUUGCAGCUACAUGCCAUCAAUUCCGAAUCCUUUAAGCCUUUUGCCCAGCUUGCUCCAAAGAUAUGGAACAUCUUGGCCAAGUUCUGCGAGGGGCAGCUUGACACCUGUGCGGAAAUGCUACGCGAAAUCGAGAAUUAUGUUAGGAUGGAUGUCUACCUGUCUCCUCAUGUGGACAAACUGUACGAUAUGAUUAUGGCCAGACUAGUUCACAAAAGAGACAGGAAAACAAAUACCGAUUCUGGGAAGAGGCAUAGAUCUUAAUACGGUUUAUUUGCAUAUUAAAAAUUUCUCAUUGAGCUUCUAAGCUUCUAUUUAAUUCGACUUAAUACCAAAGAUGUUUAUUAGGCACUUAACUCUAGCUAUAAUGAAAAUUAUUUUCUUAUUUAAUGGAUUUGACUUUAAAUUUGUAUGCAGAUAACGCAAGCGAAUGCAGACUUUUACCUAUUUGAUUGCCAUUAUGUACAUAAAAAAGUAAGGCCAAAUCCAAAACUUACGAAAAUCAAAUAAAUAUUUUUACAACGCA